AUGUUUAAUUGUGGAAUAUUUGCCAGCAGCAGCGGCAGCGGCAGCUGGAAAGAGAUACGUACCGGUGAUCUUCUGCUGGGGACUGAGGCAAUAAAACGAUGCAAACGUGUGUCGUUUAAUGUUAAAAAAUGCUCGGAACAAAUUAUUGAGUUUGACUUAAAGGAAAGGGUCAAAGUCGUAGUACUCGAUCGAAACGAUUCUCCGCCAGUAUUCCGUGACACCCCUUUAUCUUUCAAUGUUAGUGAAGACUUAGGCGCUGGUCAUAAUAUUGCAACAAUACGUGCUACCGAUCCUGAUACACUCGGUACAUUGACGUACAUCCUGGUAAGUGGAGAUGAUGGUAAAUUUUUACUUGAACCCGAAACUGGUAAAUUACGUUUGAAAGAUGCCUUAGAUCGUGAAACCAAAGAUAAAUAUAAGCUGCAAAUUCGCGUUAGUGAUGGAGUACAAUAUACGGAUACGAUUGCAACUAUUGAGGUCACUGACACAAACGAUAAUCCACCAGUCUUCGAUGAACCUGUUUACUCGUUUGACAUACCAGAGAACGCCCCACGCGGCUAUCAAGUCGGUGUCAUUUCGGCCACAGAUCUAGAUUUGGGCAAUAAUGCUCUGGUUUCGUAUACUGUCAUAUCGGAUUGGGCAAACGAUGUGUUCAGCUUGAAUCCACAGACAGGCGUUUUUACCUUAACAGCACGUCUCGAUUACGAAGAGGUGCAGCAUUAUAUCCUUGUGGUACAGGCACAAGAUAAUGGUCAUCCCAGUCUUUCCACAACGCUAACGAUUUACUGUAAUGUUUUGGAUUUAAAUGACAAUGCACCUGUGUUCGAUCCAAUGAGUUAUUCGAAUGAAAUAUACGAAAACGUAUCCAUUGGUGCCACAGUAGUUACCGUAACAGCCACAGACAUUGAUUCAGGUGAUAACGGUCGUAUAGAGUAUGCGAUUACAGCAGGUGAUGAUAAUAACGAUUUCGAAAUUGCUGCCAACGGUACAAUACGUACUCGCCGCUUACUCGAUCGAGAAACAAAAAGUUCAUAUAAUUUAAUCGUAACCGCAACAGAUUGUGCCAAAGAAUUUCCAAUGUUCUAUAAUUCCGAGCAGAAGAAACAGCAACAACAACAACAACAGCAACAACAGAUAUCACAACAACAUCAUUUGCAACGCCGUCAUCGACAACAUCGCCAGCAACAGUAUGUGGAUCAGCAGCAACAGCAGCGUCUAUCAUCAACAGUACAGGUAACAAUUGUACUCAAAGACGUGAACGAUGAAGCACCGACAUUUACUUCACCCAAUGAAACGGCAAUUAUAGAGAAUAUAGCCACUAAUACCGUUGUUAUGGCGGUGAAGGCAGUCGAUCGGGAUGAAGGACGCAAUGGUUAUAUUGAGUAUCUAUUAUCUGGUGAACAGCAUGUGCCGUUCUCUUUGGGUCCGGUCGAUGGUUUACUGCGUGUUUCGGGUCGUUUGGAUCGUGAGCUACGUUCUGUUUAUGUGCUCAAUGUAACUGCUCGCGAUCGCGGUGAACCGCCACAAUCAAAACAAACACAAAUCACUGUCAAAAUACUUGAUGAAAACGAUAAUAGUCCCGUUUUCGAUCCGAAGCAAUAUUCAGCUUCGGUGGCGGAAAAUGCUAGCAUAGGUGCUAUGGUCUUACACGUCUCAGCUACUGAUAUUGAUGAAGGUGCCAAUGGACGUGUACGAUUCUCCAUAGCGGCCGGUGAUAAUAAUCGUGAUUUUAGUAUUAGCGAAGAUUCUGGUGUUGUGCGUGUGGCAAAAAAUCUCAAUUAUGAGCGUAAAUCGCGUUAUGUGUUGACAGUACGCGCUGAAGAUUGUGCUACAGAUUUGUUCAGAGAUGCGGCUGGUGGGCGUGGUAAGGUGCUUAUAAAUACUAUUGAAAGUCGCUAUGAUACCGCUGAAUUAACUAUUGUCAUAACGGAUAUUAAUGAUAAUCCGCCAACGUUCUUGGAUUCACCUUAUGUGGCUUAUGUUAUGGAAAAUGUUAUACCACCAAAUGAUGGUUAUGUGCUAACAGUGGAAGCUUAUGAUGCUGAUACGCCGCCAUUCAAUUCGCAAGUGCGUUAUUUUCUAAAGGAAGGCAAUGCUGAUCUGUUUCACAUAAAUGCUUCGACAGGCGAAAUAUCGCUAUUAAGAGCAUUGGAUCGUGAAGCUCAAGCUGAAUAUACAUUAACUUUAGUUGCCAUGGAUACGGGUUCCCCGCCCCUAACCGGCACAGGAGUUGUGCGUGUCAUAGUGCAAGAUAUGAAUGAUCACAGUCCAGAAUUUGCACGCCAAUCAUAUCAAGCCACAGUACAAGAAAACCUACCCGUUGGCACAAAAGUACUUCAGCCUGUGGCAACUGACAAAGAUAUUGGACCGAAUGGCAAAAUUCGUUUCACUCUACUUGGUGAUAAAAUUGACAAAUUUAACAUAAAUACCGACACAGGUGAAAUAACCACGGCUGCCGUCUUGGAUCGCGAGGACACCUCAGCAUACCAUCUCACAUUAAUGGCACAAGAUAGCUCUGCCACAGAGCCACGUGCUACUGCUGUUAAUUUGACUAUAACAAUUUUAGAUAUCAACGAUAACACACCCCAAUUCAGUGCAGCCAGUUUCAAUGUCAACGUACCUGAUCGCAUCAAAGCCAACGAAUUUGUAUUUGGCGCCAGAGCGAUUGAUUUAGAUGACGCUGCUAAUGCACUUGUUACAUACAACAUAAGCGGUAAGGAUAUGGAUACAUUCGUCAUUAAUCCUAAAACAGGCGUCAUAAAAACAAAGACAGCACUCAACACUAAUGAAAACUCCAGUUUCGAUAUGAUCUUCAGCAUAAUCAUGCAUGCGACCGAUCAAGGCUUUGAACCAAAAUCUUCAGUAGCCGAUUUAACUAUUCUGCUUCGUCCAGCUACACUCUUUCCAAUAUUCUCAUAUAUGCCCAAUACACAGUUCAUACUUUCAGAAGAUGUGCUCGAAGGUAAACUAAUAACUAAUAUUAUAGCAACUUCGCCAAAGAAAGGUCCAGCCGGCAACAUUCGUUACUCCGUUGCUGGUGGUAAUAUAGGUGAUGCCAUACGGAUUGAUGCCAGUACUGGCGUUAUGUCUGUUGGAAAAGAUGGUUUAGAUUAUGAAACAUCUCAUCAGUAUGAAAUAUGGAUUGAAGCUUCGGAUUCAGAUCGUCCAAAUUUGAGAAGUGUUAUGUUACUUACCAUAAACGUAACAGAUGCCAAUGACAAUGCACCUAUUAUGGAAAAGUUGGUGUAUAAUGCCGAAAUAUUGGAAGAAGAACCUCCACCACAAUUUAUAGUCAGAGUGAAAGCAACUGAUCGCGAUUCUGGUGACAAUGGUGAGAUAACAUACCGUCUAAACGAUGACUUUGAAGGUACAUUCGAAAUAGAUUCAGAUUCCGGCGAAAUAUAUACCACAAUGCGUUUAGAUCGUGAAGAAACUAGCUCAUAUGAACUUAUUGUUGAAGCAGUAGAUCAAGGCAUGCCACAACUUGUGGGCUCCACUAGUGUGCUUAUAAAUUUGCUGGAUAAAAAUGACAAUCCACCGAAAUUCACACGUCUUUUCUCUGUUAAUGUAACCGAAAACGCUGAAAUUGGUAGCUUUGUCAUAAGAGUUACUUCUUCAGAUUUAGAUAUUGGCGUCAAUGCCAAUGCAACUUAUAGUUUUACUGAAAAUCCCGGUGAUAAGUUCAAAUUGGAUCCUAUUAGUGGCAAUAUUACUGUGGCAGCGCACUUAGAUCGUGAACAGCAGGACGAAUACCUGCUUAAAAUAAGCGCAUUUGACGGCGCUUGGCGGUCUGAGACGCCAAUCACAAUAACAAUUCAGGAUCAAAACGACAACGCACCAGAAUUUGAGCACAGCUACUACAGUUUCAAUUUCCCAGAACUCCAACGUACAGUUGCAUUUGUUGGCCAAGUUAUUGCUACUGAUCGUGAUAAACAAGGACCCAACUCUGUUAUUUCCUACUCACUUCUUCAUCCUUCUGAUUUGUUUACAAUUGAUCCGGCAACGGGUGAAAUAUUUAGUAAACGCACAAUUAAGUACAAACAUUCACAGAUUGAAUCCUCACCUGAAAAUAUGUAUGCCAUGACUGUGUUAGCUACCGACAAUGGUAAGCCCCCAAUGUACUCCGAAUGCUUAGUGAAUAUAAAUAUUGUGGAUGCCAACAAUAAUCCUCCUGUAUUCGAACAGAAACUGUAUAUCUCACCAGUACCAGAGCAUGCAAAGAUCGGCCAACGUAUUGUAAAAGUGCACGCAGUUGAUGAGCUGGAUUAUGGCGUUAAUGCUGAGGUUGACUACGUCAUUAUUGGCGGCAAUGCCACUGAAUACUUUGCCAUUAACAAGCAUGAUGGUUGGAUCACAGUCACGAAACCACUUAACGUGCUACCAAACUCGAUGUUCAUGGUAGUUGUUAAGGCCACCGACCGUGGUGUUCCCGCACAAUCAGAUGAAGCACGUGUGUCUAUCAUAGUUACUGGAGAAAAUCGCUUUACACCUGUGUUCACAGCACUGAGUUACCAAGUAAUCGUACCUGAAAAUGAGCCUAUACAUUCUACAAUUUUAACAGUGGGUGCCUCAGAUAGAGAUGAUGGUCCAAAUGGCAUGCUGCGCUAUUUUAUUUCUGGUGGCAAUGAGCGCUCCGAGUUCGAUGUUGACGUUCAAACUGGUGCCGUUACACUACUUAAGCCUUUGGACUACGACGUUAUACAGGAAUACCACUUAAACAUAACAGUAGAAGACUUAGCUUUUCAACCAAAAUCAGCAGUGGCUAUGCUAACUGUCAUACUAACUGAUAUAAACGAUAAUCCUCCGAUAUUUAACCAAAGUGAAUACCACGCAUUUAUACCGGAAAAUAAACCAACAAAUACAUUUGUUUUCAAAGCUUUUGCCACUGAUAAGGAUUCCCCAAAGAACGCUAUUAUAAGGUAUUCUAUAACUGGUGGUACUGGCAAGAAUUUCUUUAAGAUUAAUAUGAACUCAGGCGAAAUCGUAUCGACCAUCAGCUUUGAUUACGAGGAAAGGCGAGACUACAACUUACAGAUUAUGGCAGCGAAUCCUGACUCAAACAUGCAAACUACUGCAAUGGUGAUUGUACACAUAACCGGAGUGAAUGAAUUUUAUCCACAAUUUGUGCAGCCAGUAUUCCAUUUCGAUGUGUCUGAGAGCGCUGAAGUAGGCACUUCAGUGGGAUCAAUACAAGCUACUGAUAAAGACGCAGGCGAAGAUGGAAAAGUAUAUUACCUACUCGUGGGUUCCAGUAACGAUAAGGGCUUCUCAAUCAAUGCCAAUUCUGGAAUUAUCUACGUGUCCAGACAUCUAGAUCGCGAAACACAAAGUCGUGUCGUUCUCACUGUAAUGGCUAAGAAUUAUGGCGGUAUACGCGGCAACGACACUGAUGAGGCGCAAGUCAUUAUUUCUAUACAAGAUGGAAAUGAUCCGCCUGAAUUUAUAAAACCACUGUAUACGGCUAGCAUAUCAGAAGCAGCACCUAUUGGCUCAAAAAUUACAACAGUGAAAGCAGUUGAUAAGGAUGUGCGCCCACAAAACAAUCAGUUUAGCUACUCCAUUAUAAAUGGUAACUUUAAUCAGUCCUUCAAAGUUGAUCCGCAAACUGGUGAAAUUGAAACAGCAAGAAUAUUAGAUCGAGAACAGCAACCAAUUUUCACAUUAAUUGUUGGUGCAAUAGAUACGGGUAUUCCUCCUCAAACUGGCACAACGACUGUCAAAAUCGAAUUGGAAGAUGUGAAUGAUAAUGGGCCAACGUUUGAAGCAGGUGGUCUUAUAGGUUAUAUACUUGAAAAUGAACCUACAGGCACGUCGAUUAUGACUCUCACUGCUAGUGAUCCAGACUUGCCACCUAAUGGUGGGCCAUUCACUUACUAUUUGGUUGGUGGCAAGCAUAAAUCCUACAUUAGUAUUGACAAACACUCUGGCCUAAUAAAAUCCACUAGAAGCUUUGAUCGAGAGGCAACACCAAGCUUAGAAGCAGUUAUUGAAGUGGAAGACAAUGGCAAACCCAAACAGCGCGCACAACAUAUGUUGACAAUAAAAGUGUUGGAUCAGAAUGAUAGUCCUUCCACUCCACGAACAGUACAUGUCUUGCUCAAUGUGUUCAAUGAUAAAAUACCAAUAGGAAAGAUAGCAAAUGUACAUCCAAACGACGCUGAUAUUAAAGGAAACUACAGAUGUCGCAUUGUGCCCAGCGCUCAGUCUAGUCCACUAGGCUUACUAAGCAUACCAACCGCUUGUGAUCUGCACACCACAUAUCAAACUACAAUGACUGGUUAUUCUUAUGCUGUGUCAGGUAACGAUGGCAAACAUGGAGAUGUAGUAUCCACCGUUACAUUGGGUUUCCAAAAUUUCGACAAUUCCACAGUGGCAAAUUCCGUUACACUAUUCAUAAGAAACAUGACUGCAGAAUACUUCUUAUCUUCAUAUUAUCGUAAUUUUCUAGAAAUGAUCAAAGGUAUAUUUGAAAAUGGCGAUGAGGUUAAUCUUUACAGCGUUCGCAAUUCUGGUGCAAACUCAACAGACGUGGAACUAUUGCUCGCUGUAAAAAUGUCAAACCAAGCAUAUCGACUACCACGUUAUAUUAUCGACAUAUUAAAUAAGAAACGGGAUGCCAUCGAAAGACUACUACAAGCUCCGGAUCGUUUGGUGAUUGGUUACAGUCCUUGUGCAGCCAAUGCUUGCGAGAACGGUGGCAUGUGCAGCGCAGAAAUAAGCGUGCAUGACAUACAAACGCUAAACAUAGUGGAUAGCCAAACUCUUAUACUGACUGGUCCAACUGUCUCCUAUGACUACAACUGCAAGUGUCCUGAUGGUUUCAUGGGUCAACAAUGCGAUAAACGCCAAGAUCCUUGCACACCAAAUCCAUGUCAUGCGAACGUACCAUGUCGUCAAAUUAGUUCUGAUUUCCAAUGCACGUGCCCACCUAACCGCGAGGGUAAAUUAUGCCAACAGGAACGUGGCGAUGUAUGUACAGGCAAUCCAUGUCGUAAUGGUGGUUCUUGUAGACGCAGUCCAGAUGGAGCUUCCUUUUUCUGUUUAUGUCGACCUGGAUAUCGUGGAAAUCAAUGCGAACAUAUAGCAGAUUCCUGCCGUCCAAAUCCCUGUCUUCAUGGUGGACUCUGCGUUAGUCUGAAGCCUGGUUACAAAUGUAGCUGCGCUGAUGGUCGUUAUGGACGCCACUGCGAGAAAACAACAUUUGGAUUUCAAGAACUGUCAUUUAUGACAUUUCCUUCUCUUGAUGCUGCCACGAAUGAUAUUUCUAUUAUCUUUGCUACAACUAAGCCAGAUGCUCUACUACUUUACAAUUACGGCGUACAAUCUGGUGGGCGUUCCGAUUUUCUGGCCAUCGAAGUGGUAAAAGGCAAGGCCCUAUUUUCGUUUGGUGGUGCCAGAACAGCAAUAACUACUAUUGUAGUUGGGUCUAACAAUAAAGACAGCAUAGCUAAUGGUAAAUGGCAUAAGGUUACUGCUACAAGAAAUGGACGUGUUAUGUCCUUAAGUGUGGCAAAAUGUACAGAAAAUGGUGAUUUAUGCGAAGAAUGUCGACCAGGCGAUGUGAACUGCUAUGCCGAUGAAGUUGGACCGAUUGGAACUCUUAACUUCAAUAAACAUUCUUUGCUUAUUGGUGGCUUGUCGUCAGCUGAUCCUGUGUUGGAGCGCCCUGGACAACUACAUUCCGAUGACUUAGUUGGCUGCAUGCAUAGUGUGUCAAUUAACGGUCGAGCUUUAAACAUGAGCAGUCCUCUCAAACAACGUGGCGUUCUUCCCACCUGUAAUCGCAAUACAAACGGAGGACCUUGUCAACAAAGUUUGCCCACAGAUCCCAGUUUAUCACUAUGUGGCACAUUCGGUACCUGCAUGGAUCGUUGGCACUCUGCGAUGUGUCAAUGUGGUAGUGAAUUAUUGUCACCUGACUGCUUCAGUUCACUUGAACCUAUAACCAUAACAGACGGUGGCUUUGUAGAAUUUCAAAUAUCGGAAAAACAUCGGCGCAUGCAGCUCUUGGAUAACCUGUAUGGAGCUAAUAGUGUUUGGACUUACGAUAUAUCACGCCGCCGUCGUUUUAUUGUAAAUAGUGAUAACUUAACAACUUUACCGCAAACCGAAGAAUCUCCAAAAACACUCAGUCUCCUGUUUCGCACUUAUAAAGAAGAUGGUCUGAUUCUUUUCGCUGCUACUAAUAAACAUUUUACUGCUAUCGAACUGAAGACAGGCAAAUUGGUUUACUAUUCAAAGCAGGGUACAACUGUAAAUAUGACCAUACACCAACCAGAAAAACUUAAUGAUGGGAAAUGGCAUAACGUCACGCUCUUCGCUUCAAAUCGCGUGCUUCGUUUGUUGAUCGACAACGUAAAGACAGGUGAAGAAUUAGAUGUUUCUGGAGUUCAUGACUUCUUGGAUCCGUACUUGACAGUAUUGUCAGUGGGUGGCGUUAGACGUGAACAUUUCCAACAAGAAAUUAUGCCGAUCAGCUAUGAAGGUUGCAUUGCCAAUUUCACAAUCAAUAAUGAAAUACAACCAUUUAAUGGAUCCGGCAGCGUCUUCAGUGAAGUUCUAACACGCGGGAAAAUUAUAUCAGGAUGUGCUGGUGACAUUGGCAUUGGUGCUGCACAAGUCUCAGAUCCGUUAAGCAUAGGCAUUACUUUAGUUAUAGUAUUUUUCAUUAUAUUACUUGUUGCUAUACUUGGCUCAUAUGUGAUAUACCGUUUCCGUGGAAAGCAAGAAAAAAUAGGUGGUCUAAGCUGUGGCGUACCCGGCUUUAAAAUCAAACACAGUAGCGCUGCUACUAUGCUAAGUGGAUCUGCCGUAUCACAAAACCAGGUUGAUCAUGUUCUUACACGUAAUGUACACGCAACUGACGCUCAAGUAGGUUAUCAUGGAGAUAAUGGCGAUCUAAUACGUAGCGUACCUGGACAUCAUCUCGUUGGGCCGGAACUUAUAUCCAAAAAGUACAAAGAGCGUGAAAUUGGUCCAGCUGAUCAUCAGCAGCGACCGCAAAGACCUGACAUUAUCGAACGUGAAGUUGUAAGCAAAAGUCCACCACUACGUGAUGAACACCAUCCUCCGAUACCACCACCAAAUCAAGUACAUCAUCCGCAUGAUCAUCCUAGUUCCGUAGAUCUGUCCGAGUACCCAGAGCAUUACGAUUUAGAAAAUGCAAGCUCAAUAGCACCUUCUGAUAUAGAUAUUGUCUACCAUUAUAAAGGAUAUCGUGAAGCAGGCGGAGUACGCAAAUAUAAAGCAACACCACCACCAGUUGCAUCAUAUACACAUCACAAACACCAAUCGACAGCAACACAACAACAACAUCGGCAUUCUCCACGUCAUGGUGUAGGUGCACCAUUUGUGCCACGUGUUCCUCCACAAGCUAGUCAACCACCGCCACCCUCAAGUACACCACGACCACAUCAAAGCACGCCACUUGCACGUCUGUCACCGAGUUCUGAAUUAAGCUCACAGCAGCCACGCAUAUUGACGUUGCAUGAUAUCUCAGGUAAGCCACUACAAAGUGCUUUACUUGCAACUACCUCGAGUUCAGGUGGUGUGGGUAAAGAUGCACUGCAUAGUAAUAGUGAACGCAGCUUAAAUAGUCCAGUUAUGUCACAACUAUCCGGGCAAAGUUCCAGUGCCAGUCGUCAGAAACCAGGCGUACCAACACAAUCACCAGUACAAGCUUCGAUGGGCCUAACAGCUGAAGAAAUCGAACGUCUCAAUGUACGACCUCGCACUUCAAGUCUGGUAUCCACACUUGAUGCAGUUUCAUCGAGCAGUGAAGCACCACGUGUGCCAGGCGGUGCACAUCAUCUUACACUUGGUGGUGGUCUGCAUAGUGCGGAUGUAGAUGCACACAGUUCCACAUCGACCGACGAGAGCGGAAAUGAUAGCUUUACUUGCUCCGAAAUAGAAUACGAUAACAACAGUUUGAGUGGUGAUGCCAAAUAUACAACCAGUAAGAGUGUUUCCGAUGAUUUGCCAGAUAGAAGCGUUGUUGGUCGGGCACUUAGCGGUGAUAGUGUUGGCGUUGGUGGUAGUGUUGGUAAAGCACCACCUAUGCCACCACACUCAUAUGAUGGUUUCGAUUCAUCGUUUCGGGGUUCUCUCAGUACACUGGUUGCCAGUGACGAUGAUCUAUCAACACAUAUGAGCGGCAUUUACAGACAACCAAGCGGCGCCACCUCACCAUCUGCAACCACACUCGGCUGGGACUAUUUACUUAAUUGGGGACCAAAUUUCGAAAGUCUAAUGGGAGUUUUUAAGGAUAUAGCCGAAUUACCAGAUACAGUUAGUGAACCGCAUGUACCACCAUCGCUCCGCAUACCUGCAAGUGUACAAAAAGCUUCCGAGGAAUAUGUUUAAACUUACUUAUACUCGAAUUGAAAACGAGUUAGAAACAAAA